AUAGGCUCUCCCUUAACCCAUCCAAAUGGCGUCUCCAUAUUUCCAGAUCUUUCCGCUGCGGAACAGCAGGAGCUAUCCCGAGAAGCACUGGACCAAGCCGAAGAAGCCAUCAUUGCCGAUGAUAGCGCUGAUAGCAUCGGCUCCGUUCAUGGCGACGACAUCGGUUCUGAUGCCGGUUCUGAUGCCGGCUAUGAUAGUGAUACUGCCAGCUCGGCAAGCACCUCCGUCAUGUCUUCUGUUCGCGACUACAUGUAUGAAAAUGGCCGGCGAUAUCAUCGAUAUCGCGAAGGCACCUACAACUUCCCCAAUGAUGACGUGGAGCAAGAGAGAGAGGAUAUGAAGCACGCCAUGGUCAAGCUGCUGUGUAGCCAAAAGCUACACUUUGCCCCCAUCGGCGAUAACCCGCAAGAAAUCCUCGAUAUUGGAACUGGGACCGGAAUUUGGCCGAUUGAAAGUGAAAUCACUAACGCCCUUUUCUUAGUGGGAGACAAAUAUCUGAGCGCUCAUAUACUUGGAAUCGACUUGUCUCCUAUUCAGCCCGAUUGGCUACCGCCCAACGUUCGAUUCAUGAUAGACGAUGUGGAAUCGCCGUGGUUGCAUCCCAACAGCCAUUUUGACUACAUUCAUUCUCGGCACACAGUGAUGGCUGUUAGAGAUUGGAUGAAGUUAUUUCGAAGGGCCAUAGAACAUCUCAAAAUUGGUGGCUGGAUCGAGCUCCAAGAAAUCCAUCACACUCCCAGAAGCGCCCUGCCAGAUGGAAAUGGCGAGAUGCCGCCAGACCAUCCUGUUGCACGUUAUUGGAAACACGUAUCAGAAGGGCUAGCAGCCCUUGGCAUCGAUCUGGAUACCGCAGCCAAUGGCAGAAUAUCCGACAUGAUGCAAGAGGCCGGUUUUACUAAUGUUACGGAGCGGGUGCUGCAUGUGCCCAUCGGGACUUGGCCCAAGAAUAAAGUCCUCAAGACGGUCGGCCUUUACUGGCGGACUAUACUCUUGGAUGGGAUUCAGGCUAUUGCUCUGGGGCCGUUGACACGAGGCCUGGGAUGGAACCGAGAGCAAGUGGAAGUACUGCUGAUGGAAGUGCGGCAGGCCUACUUUGACGAUUCCAAGCUCAUGUACAUGCCAUUUCAUGUUAUUUAUGGGCAGAGGCCAUAA